CCACAAAAAAUCGUAAAAGUAAACCAAAUUACAAACGAAUCAAUAAGAAUCUAAAUCAUGAAUAUCACGAAAAUGAUAUAGUGUGGGCGAAGUUGAAAGGAUACCCCAUGUGGCCCGCAAAGAUCGUCAGUAUUAUUGUCGGAAGAAGAAUGAAUGUGCUGUUUUUCGGUGAUGAAACUACGUCAAUUUUAUCGAAGGUCAACAUAAUUCCGUUCGAAUUACGUGAAGCAGAAUUACCGGUCAAACGCCCACUCUUGCAAAUUGCAAUUCUUCAAGCAAUAACGGAACUUCAAAACAGAAAAUCAUCGGAAUUCACAAGCAAUAACGCAAAUGUGGUGCCAAUCAUAAGCGAUCCCAAAGUCGAUGAUAGAAGUGAGAAGGCUAGUGCCUCCCAUACAGCUUCGGACAAAAGAGUCAAAGAUGUUGAAUUUGCGACCAAUCCAAAAUCAAGCGCUGAAAUCGACGAAAUAUUACUGCGUGGCUACUGUGAUAAGGAACAAGAUGCAGAAGCUGUAAAAUUAAGUAUCUUAAGGCAAGAAUGGGAGCAAAUGGACGAAGAUCUCGCAGCUGUUGAUGUGCUCAACUUGAAAAGUAUGUACAAUGACGACAUCAUUGACACAUUCCAAGAGUGCGAGAACAUUCUGUCUAACAUUUUCUCGAAAUACGCCAAAAUCCCGGAUCGACAAAUCGAAUCACACACAAAUCUCAAUUAUUUGCUAAUUUUACAUGAGCUCGUGACACCCAAUCAGCAGUGUUUCAUGUACAAGAAAUUGCGACAAGAAUUCACAGGAGAAACCAAGGCUAUUACUUCAAUUCACGAAAACCUCAUUUGGAAAGCGUUGAUUCCUGAAUGGUGUCUUCUGAUUUUCAUGGGAAAAUUCAAAUUAACAUACGAAGAAUCAAUCGAGCGAAUCCAACUUCAGGACAAAAUCGAAGCGUUGAACAACUUUGAUAUGAGUUUUGAUUAUUAGAAAAUGGCACAAAACAAAAUGUAAACCAAGAAUGUUUUCAACUUGAACUUAAGAUAACAAUUAAUUGCGCUUUCUGUAAUCAAAAUAUGGAAAAGCUUUCUAAAAAAUCAUAGUGAUAAAUUACUGGUUAAGCGAAGUUGUGAUUAAAAAUUUCA